AUGUCCGCAUACUUCAUCAAUAAUGUAGCUGUUACUCGUGCUAUGGACUAUGUCAUAAAUCUUGACUUUAAGCUAAGCUUCAAUCUUGACCCAACUGCUCAUAUCGAGUACGACGAUCAACAACAAAAUUGGAUUAAAGAUCCUUUUACUACUGAUCUACCGUCAGAACUAACAAAAACUGAACAAGAACAACUGAUAGACUUGUACUCAGAUUCAGUAUCAAAAUCCAAAUUUGUAUCAUUGUUUUUACCAGAAUUUUGGAUAGCUAUGAAGAAGCAAUAUCCGAUCGUAGCCAAUAAGGCUAUCAGGACUUUGAUUCCAUUUGCUUCUUCAUACUUAUGUGAAACGGGUUUUUCGGCCUUAGCAGUUAUCAAAAGUAAAUACAGAGCAAAACUAAAUGCCGAAAAGGAAAUGAAAAUCGCACUUUCAAAAUUUACCCCACGAUUUGAUGAUAUAAUGCAACAAAAACAAGCACAGCCGUCCCAUUAA